AUGGACCCCCAAGAACCCCCUGUCUUCCUCCCCUCCGCCCCUCCACAACCUCUCCGCCAGAAUGUGACUCUCCAGCCCCCGCUAUCGCGCCGUGGGCAUGGGCCGGGACUCUUCCUGUUGCUUCCAAGUAAUAUAGCCCUGGAUAAAACCACGGAAACGCUGGAUCCCCCACCUCCCCAGAAAUGGGCGGAGGAAGGGUAUGCGGUCGUCGAGGUGCGGGUGCCAAUGACGGUGCCAGCGGACGCGGAUGCAGAUGCAUCUGGAUUUUCUGCUCUUGGUUCUAUACAGCUGGGUCUGGAGGCGUUGAAGGGGUUGGCGGAGUGUGAUGUUAAGGAUAGGUUUGGGGUAAUUGUAUACGACGCGAACAUCAUCAGCAAUGAAGAUAUCGCUGCGUUCUCAACUAUCCCAGAAAUCGCCGGGAUAGUCGCGUAUGGCGCGGAUGUUGUUACGAGUUUGACCCAAGCGGCAAAACCACUAUUACUCCAUCUUCCCGGCAAAGACAGAGGCACCACGACUACCACCACCACCACCGCCACACAGAAAGAUAAUCUAGUAGCCAUCCACAAAUACCCAGAUGCAAAAUCCCCCAACUUCGUCAUCCCCCAGCACGCUGACUUCAUCCCCUCAGCAGCGGCGGUAGCCCACACGCGGACCCUGUCGUUCUUAAAGAGCAAGCUUGGCGGCCCGCUCUUCGACCUCGAAGCGAUCUGGGAUGAGCACACGUACUUUGAAUUCGGCGACCGGUCUGUCGCUAAAACGAUGGCGACGAUGGUUCAGGAGCCGUAUGUUAAUCAUGUUCCGACAAUGACAGGCGGUAUCGGCCGCGACCGCCUCACCACCUUCUACCGCCACCACUUCAUCUUCAAUAACCCAGACGACACCCACCUCGAACUGAUCAGCCGCACCGUCGGUAUCGACCGCGUCGUCGACGACAUCCCCGCCAUCCCCCCAACACACAAACCCGUCCGCCUCCCCAUGGUCUCCAUCGUCAACGUGCGCGGCGACCGCCUCUACCACGAGCACAUCUGGUGGGACCAAGCCGGGCUUCUGCGCCAACUAGGCCUGCUGCCGGAGUACCUACCAUUCCCGUAUCCGUUGGCGGAUGACCGGGCGGCGCCCGGGAAAGGUAAGGUGCUUGAAUACAAGGUUCCCGUGGCUGGGGUGGAAGCGGCGGAGAAGUUGAGGGAGGAGGGGAGUGUGGAGUCGAAUGGGAUGAUUGGUGGCGUUGGGGUGAGGGAGCCUGCGUAG